AUGAGUUAUCGUAGCAAACGAACUAGGAUUGCAGCUCUAAAUGAGUCUCGUAAUGCAUCUGAAGUUCCUCCAAAAAAGGCUCAAAGGGCAGCAACAUCACAGUUAGCAUCACAGUCAGCACAUCCACACAAAAAUCAGCCCACUAUCCCAGUUCCCUCGCCCUCACUCAAAAACAAAAGGCCUGCAUCAUCACAGUCAGUCCAUCCACCAAAAAGUCAGCCCACUAUCCCAGUUCCCUUGCCCUCACUCCAAAACAUAAGGCCGGUAUCAUCACACACUCAACGUGGGCCUUCGUCUUCCACUACCACUAGCAACCUUAUUUGGAAAAAGCCACUCACUGUACCAACAACUAGUGAACCUAAGGUUGCAUCGAAAGGGCCAUCAAGGUACAACCCUACUCUAGACAAGACUUUUAAGUCACCUAAUAUCCCAACUGAAAAUCCCACAAAAGUCCCACAGUCUAGGCUGUCAGAACCACCCAAGCACCCUUCCACUGUUUCUCUAACUUCUCAGCUACCAUAUGAACUUGCUAAACAGUCCACAUAUUCAAAAUCUGUUGCUUUUGAUGCUAGUAUAUUAGAAGAAACACUUGAUACUCGUACUGGGAGUUCACCAACAACACCCGAGGAUGAAUAUGCAGACCAUAUAAGUGAUGGAAAAGCAACAGCAAAAUCCAAAGAAUCAUGUGAUGGAAAAGAAAAAGAGAUCUUUAAAGGAUCUAGGUCUCGAUGUCAUGAGUCGCUCCCUGAAUGGCUAAGUACAGUUGAGUAUGAUAACAAGGAGCAGGUUUUGACCAUAGAUGCUAAGGGUAAUCAGCAACUAGUUAGCGGGUCUAUUCAACCAAUGGACGUCUGGAACACCAAUGGAAGCAUCAAAUAUGUUGUGCACUUCAAUGAACUAUACCAACCGAUUAGGAAAGGUGGGCAUAUUUUAGUCAGAUUCCUUGGAAGCAUAGCAAAGCAAGAACAAUACUGCCCAGUUUCAGAAAAGACUUGGGGUCAACUGGACAACUAUUAUAAAGUUGAAAUCAUCAAAUUGAUUAGAGACAACUUUGUGAUUCCUGAUGAUACAAAGUAUGAGGACCUAGCUCUCCAACGUGUUGAUAGAGUGUGGAGGCAAUAUAAAUAUGAAAUUAAGAAAAAGUACUUCAAACCGAAUGAGAAAACAAUAGAAGCCAUUAAAAAGGAAGUGCCACCUGGAGUUUCCAAGCAAGACUGGGUGAACUUGGUCAACUAUUGGGAUUCAUCCAAAGGGAAAGUAAGUUUUUAAUAUACUGUUCUACACUUCUACGUAUUGUUUACUACUUCCAUUACAUCACUUAGUGCCCUCGCAUCAUGGUGUUUAGUAUUAUGGGGUUUCAAGCACAAAUAUAAGGCCCACUGGC